AUGGCUCUAUUUAAUCAAGAUUGGGAUAGUAUUGGUGGCGCUGAUGAUGAAACACAAGAUGAUAAUCAACAAGGCAGGCCAUGGUAUUAUUCUUCAUGGAAUAGAAAAAAUAAAAAUACAUCUGAUUUUAAUCAUAUUUAUAUUCUUUAUAAAUCAGCACAACUAUCAGCUGAACGUAUUAUUCAAUUAGAAACUUUAUCAAAUGAAGAUACAUUUAAAAAAAUUACGAUGAUUUAUUUGGUUCAACACAAUCGAAAAAUUAUUCAUUAA